GGUUUGUUUUUUUGGGGACGUGUUGCCGCAUGAGCGGGAUAUGUUUGCCAUGGAUGGGCGCAGCUCCGGCGAAUCUGCAGCGCAGCUUGCAGCACUGCGCGGGGACAUCGCAGCAUUGGUCCGAGAGGUUGGCCAGCUGCAAGGCGUGGCGAAGAGUGGCGCGCAGGUAUCAGCGGAGGAAAGCCAUGCCGUGCUGAACCAGGUGGCUGCGCUUCGUGGUCAGAUGUCCACUGUCUUGGACGCUUUGGCUCCCACAUUGCAGGAGAAGGCAAGCAAGUCCGAUCCCGAAUUGGCCAACGCAGUCUCCGGGCUAUCUACGCUGUGCGAAGCCACAAUGAGAUACUGCCAAGAAGCUGCAGGUGGCCAGGCUGCGCUCACAUCGCAGCUUGCCGAAUUGCAAGAGGAAACAGGAGUCAUGGCAGCAGCACUCCGCCGCUUGCGCAGUGUGCUUCAGGGAGACGUGGAAAACGCCUUCAAGCAGAUUAUCAACGAAGCCGCUGCUCGGCAGGAUCGCAGGUGUGAGACACCAAGGCGGUCCUUGCAGGAUUUUCAUGGACUUCGAUGGAGAGAGGUGCGUCACGACUCUCGGGAGAUUGGCAGGGAAGCCAGCAAUGCUUUGCGGACACAGGCAACAUGGGAGCGGGAGAGGCCCAGGCCACCCCCCCAGGAGGUCGCCAUGCUGCGGCGGAUGCUGCGGGAGCAUCGACAAGCACAACUGGCACAGCCAUCGCCAGGCAGCGCCCCUUCUUCCUUGCCAAGGCGGCAGGAGCUGCCGGAGAGGAUGGAGAGGCCUAGACACGCGCUGCCAGAUUCAUCUUUGUCUUUGCACAGAGGACUGAUGACAGCCCCAGCUUUGUUGCAGAGGCCGCAGCGGACCAGGUUUGGCAGCCUGCAGCACGGGGACAUGGCAGCGCAAGCGCCGGCUUCGCCCAGCCCGCAAGCCUUGUUUCCUGAUGUGCAGCCUAGCCCGCAGUCAACCAGGUUUGGCAACCUGCAGCACGGGGACAUGGCAGCGCAAGCGCUGGCUUCGCCCAGCCCGCAAGCCUUGCUUCCUGAUGUGCAGCCGAGCCCGCAGCCAACAAAGCUUGGCAACCUGCAGCCCAGCGACAUGGCAGCGCAAGCGCUGGCUUCGCCCAACCCGCAAGCCUUGUUUCAUGAUGUGCAGCUAGGCGAAGCGGCGAAACCCCAACCUUCCCCACAGCCUAGCCCGCAGUCAACCAGGUUUGGCAACCUGCAGCGCAGUGACAUGGCAGCGCAAGCGCUGGCUUCGCCCAACCCGCAAGCCUUGUUUCAUGAUGUGCAGCCUAGCCCGCAGUCAACCAGGUUUGGCAACCUGCAGCACGGGGACAUGGCAGCGCAAGCGCCGGCUUCGCCCAACCCGCAAGCCUUGUUUCAUGAUGUGCAGCUAGGCGAAGCGGCGAAACCCCAACCUUCCCCACAGCCUAGCCCGCAGUCAACCAGGUUUGGCAACCUGCAGCACGGGGACAUGGCAGCGCAAGCGCUGGCUUCGCCCAACCCGCAAGCCUUGUUUCAUGAUGUGCAGCCUAGCCCGCAGUCAACCAGGUUUGGCAACCUGCAGCACGGGGACAUGGCAGCGCAAGCGCUGGCUUCGCCCAACCCGCAAGCCUUGUUUCAUGAUGUGCAGCCUAGCCCGCAGUCAACCAGGUUUGGCAACCUGCAGCACCGCGACAUGGCGCAGGCGAUGGCUUCGCCGUCGCCAAUUCGCGUUGAGUCAAGCCCUCCGCUUCCCGCAGCUCAGCAGCGCGUGCGGCUUGCAGCUCCAUCGCCUGAGCCUAGCCCGCAGCUGCUGAUGCAACACAGCACCAGGAGCUGGCAGCUGGUGGAAGACAUUGGGCCGGAGAACCAGGGGCCGAGACAGCAGACGGAUGGCAUCCAAUCUCUUUUGCAACAGAUGCUGGAGAUGCAGCGGAGUCAGCUGCAGCUCUUGCAGUCGCUGUCGCAGAACCAGGUGCCAGCUGCGCUUAGGGAUGUGCCAGCUGACCAGGAGCCGCUGUGGCCUCCAGUCGUCGCGACUCGGCCCUGGUGGCUGACAGAGUCGCCUGCUCGGCCAAUGAGGCUGCCGGAAGCUCAGGCAUCUGUUCCAAAGGCUUCACCGCUGGAUGUGCAGCAAGUGCACCAGCAGCUCAGCCACCUCCACAAGAUCGAACAGGAACUGCAGCGCAUGAAGGAGAUGCCGAGCAGGGACACGCACCAGGUCUAUCAGGAGCUGAUGCAGUUGCAGCGGUUGCAAAAUCAGCUGCAGCAGGUGUGUCUCCAGGAGCCCCAGCAUACCAGACAGGUGCUGCCAGAGCUGCAAUUCGCGCACCUCGACCAGAGGACAAUUACAGAUUUGCCAGCUUUGUUUAGCCUUGAAACGGAGCCGGAACUUGUGGAGUCGCGGGAGGUUGCCAGCGCUUUUCCCGCGCCACUGGCCGGCUCCAUUGCUCGCGCCCCAUCCCCUCCACCAACUCCACAGCCCUUGCGGUCACCGCCGCCGCCGCCACCCCCCGCAGGCGAGCGCGAAGGCCCCCAAUGGGGAGACCUGCAGUUGCAGCUGCGGGAGCAGUCGUGGGCCCAGGAAAAAGUUGUGGACGCCAAUCGGGGCAAAGGCCUAGUGAAGAUGAACGAGCUGGCAGAUGCUGGCCAUCGGGCGGAGUUCAUGAAGCGCCAGCAAGACUCCCUGGCAGCGCGGCUGAUUCACUCCGGCCUGGCCCCGGAGCUGAGCGUCUCCUAUGACAGCUCCAUGAGUACCCUGCCGCCCUCGGGCCGACACGAGAGCGAAGACACGGAGCAACGGAUCGAGUCGGAGCCGACUUCGCCAGAUCAAACUCGUCUGACGCCACACACAACAGCGGCUCCAAGCGCUGCGUUGGCCACGAGUCCGCCGGCCGCUGGGUGGACUCACCGGCCGGAGCAGGAUCUGUCGGAAACACAUCGUGCAGAGGAAUCCAGGUUACGAUCCAGUCGGGAAAGCCAGGCAUGCUCUCUGGACAGCGGUAGCCCGUCCUUCGAUGGCUUGGAGGGCUGCCAACACUCCUUCAUCUUCAGCCCCAAUGGGCACCUCCGGGAAGCCUUGCCAGGACGGAACAGCUCCUUCGUCCCUCAGGGCGCCCCGGCAGACGAUGAGAUGGGCGUGCCGCCAGUGUCAAGCUCAGAGGAAUUCCGCCCGAAGUUAGUCAAGGAGCUGCUUUCUCGCGCUCGCGAUGCUCUCAAUGGGCAGGCUGAACUGAGCCCGCCUCGUGACCCUCGCUCAAGCUGGCCGACACCGUCGCCGGAACUUCCUGCUGAGGUGCAAAGGCAAUCUCCAGAGCCGCAUCCCCCGCCUGCAAGGCCCUCUCCAAGCUUCGGCUGGAAGGAGCUGCAGAGCCACAAGUUCCGGGCCUGGUUCGCGGAGCUGGAGCCUGUGAAUGCUGCCUGGCCGCCAGCUACCGCGGCUUUGUCAGCAUCAAGCACAUCUGCACCAGAGGUUGCCAUGCCGACGGAGCCUGUUUGCCUUCCUCACUCAGCGGCUGCUGGCUGACUCGGAAGCUUUCAGCGGCGCAGUGGGACGAAGUUGCCCUUACCGGCCCC